AUGGCUAUUCUUUCGAGAAACCUCUGCGCUCUUGCUGCACUUGCUCUCAGUGCAUCGGCAGCGUCAUUCCCUCCAACCCCUGAAGGCUUGACUGUUGUUCAGUCACAAAAGUUCGUUGGUGUUUCCAUCUCAUAUAAAGAGACAACCAUAUGCGAAACAAAUGAAGGCGUAAAAGGAUACAGCGGCUAUGUCCACCUUCCGCCCGCGCCGGAGCAAAACCGCAAUUACACCAGCAACAUGUGGUUCUGGUUCUUCGAGGCCCGAAACAACUCUCAGGACGCACCUCUAUCGGUCUGGCUCCAAGGAGGUCCCGGCGUACCGUCGUCCACGGCAGCACUCGGCGAGAAUGGGCCUUGCAAGGUUCUCGACGAUUCUAAGUCUGUUGAGAACAACCCGUGGUCUUGGAAUGACAAGGUCAACAUGCUGUACAUCGACCAGCCGAUUCAAGUUGGCUUUUCGUACGACACGCUUACGAACGGUACAAUCGAUCUUGUAAAGACACCUUUCAAUUUCACGACGGCAGACUUCUCGGACGGGGUACCAGAGACGAACUUGACAUUCCUGACUGGCACCUUCGGCUCGAAAGAACCAAGCGGUGCGUGGAACACAACCAUAGCCGGUGCACCAGUAAUGUGGGAAUUUAUGCAAGCCUGGCUCCAGGAGUUCCCCGAGUACAAGUCCACCACGAAUAGCCUCAGCUUCUGGGGCGAGUCCUACGGCGGCCACUACGUCCCCGCCUACGCAAACUACUUCGCCGAGCAAAACGAACGCCUCGCCGCAAAGAACUGCUCUUCCGAAGCCGAAAUCCCGAUCGCCAUCAACACCGUCGGCCUCAUCAAUGCCUGCAUCGACAACAACAUUCAAACCCCCUUCUACCCCGAGUUCGCAAUGAACAACACCUACGGCAUCCAAGCCAUCAACGAAUCCUACUACAAGUCCGCUCUCGAAGCCAUUCCCGUAUGUCAAAACCUCAGCGCUACCUGCGUCGCGCUCGCGGACGAGAAAGACCCCCAGGGCUACGGCAACGUGCCCGACGUAAACGCCGCGUGCUUCACAGCCUACACCUUCUGCUUCUCCAAGCUGCACGACGGCUUCAACAGCAGCAUCAACUUCUUCGACAUCGCCGCGCCCAAAUACCCCAUUGCUUUCCCCUCCAAAACGCCCGCCGGAUAUAUGAACAGCGCAGAGGUGCAAGCCGCGCUCGGCGUGCCCCUGAACUUCACCGGGAACUCGGUCCCCAUCUCGGAAGGCUUCGCGAAAACAGGCGACUUCGUCCGCGGCCAUGGCGUCGCUGCGCUGCGCAAUUUGCUCGGCAAGGGCACAAAUGUAGCCCUCGUCUAUGGGGACAGAGACUACCAGUGUAACUGGCUAGGCGGGGAAGCCAUCAGCAAAGCACUUUCCAACUCCACCUCCACCUUUUCCUCCGCGGGUUACACACAGAUCAAGACGAACGAGACGUACGUCGGUGGCCUGGUGCGGCAGGCUGGUAGACUGAGCUUCUCGCGCGUCUUCCAGGCGGGGCAUGAGGUGCCGUACUAUCAGCCUGAAACGGCGUAUGAGAUUUUCAACCGUGUGAUGUCUGGGGUGGACGUCGCUACGGGUACGGCUUCGAUUGGGAACUACACGUCUGGGGGGGAAGCGUCGGCGUGGGGGGAGAGCAAGAUGCCGGAGGCGGAGGAGCAGGCGAAGUGCUAUGUUUGGGAUGUGCUGGAGACGUGUGCACCAGAAGAGGUGGUGGUGCUGGCCAGUGGGAAGGGUGUCACGGAGGAUUUUAUGCUUGUUGGACGGGAAGAGUAG